AUGAAGAUCGAGAUCCCUAAAGGGGAUAAUUUUGUGCUGAUUUUGGCGGGGCUGAACAUAUCUCAGCGGGAUUUUAUAAGCAUUUUGUGCCAGUCCAGCAUACAGCAGCUGUUGGUUCACUUGGAGAACUUCACGCAAUGGGUUUGGGAGAAGGGAGAUGCCCUUUGCUGGUCUCCAGUAUUCGACCGUUUCGAUAUAAUCCUCCACCAAUACAUAUCAAAAUACAUAGAACAACCAAAUGUACUAAAUAAUAGUGGAGAUUGGCUGGAAUAUCGACUUGUUGAGGCCAUACUAAAGGUAUCUAUAAUAAUAGUGGAAAAUUGCACAUCAAAAAACUACUACAAUUCCCUGGAUCACUUGGUUGAUUUGCUAGAAGAUACAUCACCUAACAUUGUAUACUUGGCAUCUAGGUUGAUCAGUAUAUACUUUAGCAGGAACAAGAAGAGUAACGUUCCAAGGGAUACGCAGGAAAUGAUGGACAAGCUACAUAUACUGGCCCAAGAUCCACUACCCGAGCGUACGUAUUCAGGGCCAAUUGAAUGUUCACUUUCAGUACCUGCAGUGUUUGACUACUACUUGAAGUCCCAGACCUAUUCAGUGGACCCGAAAGGGUACGUAGUCAUAGGUACCAAGAACGGCCAUGGGGACGCUAUAAAAAUAUCGGUAUCAGAAAUUAGUGAAGAAAAUAUACCAAACCUUCUUUUUAAAUACAAAGCACAUCGUUUCGAGUUAAUUCGUAAACUCAUGGUGUUUAAGGCCGCCUCAUCUCCACAGCUACAAAAAACACUGGUAAAUAUUCGCUUUGCCAGUCUUAUAUCGUUACUACUGGUCAACAAGCAGGUAUUUUUGCAGUUCCUCAACCAUAAUCCCUCCUUCAUUUUCGAGCUCUCAAGCUUCAUUAGUCAUUUUAGAGAGAUUGACAUGAUAACAAUGAUCGUUGCAACAGAGCUACUUUCCAGUUUGAUUUACGACGGGAUUCAGUACAAAGCCCUAGCUUCAAUACUUGGGUUCUCAUCCCCAGAAGGACUUUUUAUUACCGUGCUAAAGUCGUAUCUCACCCACAACUGCAAUGAACCAUUAAGCAAAAUUGUUUGCCGAAAGGUGGAAGCUGAUGACGCUACAGAUUUGAAGGAUAGCCGCGGAAUGGUUAUGACUUUAACCUUUCCCCCCAAUAAGGACAACGUUAAUGGCUCAACCGCUGGUGAGGUUUGGUGUUAUUACUACGCGAACGAGCCCGAAAUGACUGAGAUGGCAAAUGACAUCCAGGCAAGAGAGGAGAGAAUGAAUAUCCUAUUACAACUGCUGAUUGCAUAUCUUUCAAUAGUUUCAUACCAUGGCGGAGCAGGGGCAUUAGUGUCAUCACCAGUGCUAGAGCUACUUGUAGGAUUUCUAAAGAACCGGGACCCUAUCUCGAUACCAGUAAUAAUAUACGUUGUACAGAUUUUAGAAUCAUUACUGGAAUAUUCCCAGUCUGUAUGUCAAAUUUUACGCAAUGACUUGGAUUUAUUUUCGGUAUUCACUUCUAGGAUCCACUACGACUUUCAAAAGCUCAAUGCCCAGGAUAUGGCUCUCAACAAACCUAACUAUCCCGUAGAACAAGCCAAAGAACUUGCCAAAAAUCUAAACGAAAAAACUUGUGUACAAUCUAGAAUUUUUUUUGACUGGUGGUUCCAUAUAGGAGAGAAAAAUGCUAGGACUUUCCUAUUUAAAACAAUACUAAAGGAUCUAGACGUAUUCGUUCGUUCAAUAAUUGAUUUUCAAGAAAGCUUAGACAUUUUUUCACGAGAAAUAGGUGUUUUGCCCAUAGUAAAGUGGGUGUUAAAUCACCCAAAAAAGCUGGAUCUAGGUAUAUACGCCUCCUCCCUAACCCUGAUAUCAGAUACGCUAAACGAAGACCCGGUGGCCCUCCCAAGCCUUAUAGAGUCUGGUUUAAUAAAUGACUUACUGGACUCUAUUACACCAGAGAACAUAAAGUGCGAAGAUGUUUUGUCUAUACUACCCACUCUAGUAUGUGACCUAUUCCUACACCCCGCAGGACGAGAGGCCAUAAAGGCCAGGAACUAUUACCCUAUACUCCUAUUAGUGGGCAUAAUUACCGAUGGUGAAUUCGUUCUAUUCGAUCGCUUUGGAGAAGUUUCAUCCUGUAUAGGUUCUUCAGUCGAAGAAAUUGUGAGAAACGACCCCGAAGGCAAAUGCACCACUGUGAUUGCUGACGCUCUAUUUCUAAUGCUAGGGGAAAUGAUAGAACGUUCCCAUGCAACAAAUCCCACCGACAGAAGUACUGAAAACAAAGAUGAAAACUGCUGCUUUGAAAGGGGAAAAUAUCUCUUCGGACUGAAUGAAAUGGUCGAUGGACACCACUUUUAUGCUGAUAGAUUGGCCAAUCUGGGUAAGUUCUUACUGCGCUACCUACGGAAAUCGCCGCCAGUUAAGAACUUUAUACUUCAGGGCGGAUUCACGUACAUCGACAAACUCAUACACUCGCCCCUACUGCCCCCCCUAUUCAUGCACAUAUUUCCUCAACAUCCAAUGGUAACCUUCCUUCGUUCCCUGGUUUGCUCAUCCGGCCCACAUGUACUAGAUUUGAUAUGUGAACUGGCCGAAGAACUUAGCCUCAACGCAGACCUCAACGUAGUGUUCUUUUCAACCCUAUGUCUCCUCUACUCUGUAUGCAGCUUCCACUCGCGUGAAACUGACGUGUAUGGUCGGGCUGAAAAGGCCCUGGCCUCAGGCCAUCCAUUCGUAGAUGACGCCGGGGCCCUCCCCCAGCACGCGCACCGCGCACUGGGCUUGGCCCUAGCCUCUUCUGCCAGGCUAAACAACCUCAUGGCCAAGUUUGUCAAUUGUUCCCACUGCAAAACCCGUUCACUCCUCCUCGUCAACGUCAAAUCUAGCAUCCAUUCCCACCCCGACUCUGUACCCAUCGGCGAGGACAAGGGCCAAGAAAUGACAGAAAAUGAUCUUUUUUGGGUGACGCAGUGCGGUUUCGCGUACUCAAGGCCAAACCCAGACAUGGCUGACCCAGGGACGUCCGCCCAGGAGUAUGAAAUCUGGCGUAUAACUCUAUGUAAGUUCAAGGCUUUCCUAUCCCUGAUGGCCAGAAGUAUACAUACCAAGUGGACCCUAGACUCUGUCACGCCUGAAAUAUUUGGGCAUGCUGUUGUGAUCAAUUCCACGGCCGUUAAAAUCCUCGAAGCAGCUUUAACAGAUGAAAAGUUCAAGUUUGACGGCCCGCUUCAGCUUUCAAAGUACGUGGCUGAAGCGGUGGACCUACUCCACGCCAUUCACUUCGAAGAGGGUACCCCUCACCCAUUGCAGAUCUACCUAUUUACUGCGGAGGACGGAUAUACGCUCCUGGCCAGGUGCCUAAACAGGCUAAGUCAAGAAAUUAGAGGGGAAGAGCUGGAAGAGGGGCUUUAUGAAUAUGCGGUUUGCAGCCUUGGAAUCGCGGCCAAUUACUUGGAGCGCGUGAGUGACUGGAGGACGUUAACCAGGGAGACGCAGUCACACGACGUCAGUCUGCUGACCAUAGACGCAAAGUGUCUGGUUAGAUCUAUUUUUGGACAACUAGAUGCGCUUGAACUGCAGAGUUGGGGCGACAAUUUUGGAGCCCCGGAAUGCUUUGAGGCAUGGGACUCGUAUGAGCGACUGUACCAUCAGGACCCUGCUAGAUUGGGGUCGAUGGAAAGACCUUCUCCACAACCAACCUUCUACGCCGCCCAUGUCCAGUUGCAGCAGUUGGAUUUCCAGAGCCCUUCCGGACAGUCGUAUCAAACUGAGCUUAUCCCCACAGGCACCGGCCCUGACAAAUCGGCGUCCGAAGCAUGGAAAAAAAUCCACGCUGCCGAGCCCCCACCUAGAUUAGUGUGCAAAGACUUCACUCAACGACCCGGUAGCGAGGGUGCCAGGGAAUAUGCACAUUACUCCCGCUUCGCGCAAAAUGUACUGGGCCGCGGACCUCCCGUUACGGAGGUCCUGGGAGCCAGAAUUUCGGAUGGCUCUAGUUGUCCUACGGAAAGAUACCGCAAAAAAAACGGCGGGGAACUCGUAAAGCGCCUGCUGGAGUUCCCCCAUGGCCCAAGGUCUCUGCCUUGGCUGGUGGACAUCCUGACCAGGCUUGCAGGCAUGUCCACAGGCCAGGGCGGCCCGGGCAAGGGAGGCUCGUGCCUCUCGUACGCGAUCCGCCUGCUUCUCAAGGACCUUGCCAGGCUAAAACGCCGCGCCUUGCCCGUAUUUGAUACUGGGUACAACGCUCGACUUUACUGCGUAUUUUUCACACUCGCACACUUAUUACAUCGUUUUACGGAGGCUCUUCCCGCCUGCGAGGCUAUUGAUGGCGACUUUAAAGAUUUGUUGUUAUAUUUUAUCCUGCGGCCCCUGGAAUCGCGCGUGGAAGCCCUUCGAAGCGGGAAGCCCACACCGACAGCGCCUCCGAAUUAUUUCCUGUACGCCCUUAUAUCACUCUCUACCUCCACCCAGGGGUCUGGGAGCGGCGCAAGGGAUGGUGGAGGCGAACGACUACCGUCUGUAACAAUGUGCCUCGACAUUUUGGCCGCCUUUCCAUGUUCCCAGCCUAACCUCGUAUUAAAGUGCCUAGAGACGAUAGACGCCCGCCUUGACGACCAUGUAGACGAGGUAGGCGACGGGCAGAGCGAUGGGCCGAAGAGCGCCCGUCAGUUCAACAGCUACAGGCCCAAAGUUCCACACGUGCCCCUCCCUACCACCGAAGGGGUGGCGACAGGGGAAGGGUUAAAGAUUAGAUCGGCACUGCACCUCCUCUACGGCCUUCACGCAGUUGCACGGCCCCGGGGGCUGUUGCUGCUGCUUACGAGUAUAACGCUUAAGGCACUCAGGUUUAAGCGGUGCAAGUACGCAAGCGUUUUUGUACGGGACGUUACAUUUUGGCUGAUUAAUUCUGUCACAUCUGCCUGUUCUUCAGGGAGUGAUGACCUGUACGCGCUAAACCACGAUUCAUUGGCGUUCAUAAUUGAGAACGCAGUUUACCAGUAUCCCUUGGUGGCUACCGUACAGUGUAGCAUUGGAGACGACGGGUCUUUGGAAAAUUGCCUCUACAAGGUUCUAAUAGACCGUUACUUCCCCCUAUUUAUUCGGAGCAAGCCUUCAGUGGACGCUGCGCAUCAUUUCAUAUCUAUGAUGGGCGUGGUGGCGCUGAGGGUGGGCGGAGGGGUCCUAUCUCCGUCCAUAGAGCGGUUGGCGCAGACAAUGGGGGAGAGCGGCGAGCUUUCAAGCCCAAUGGUGAUAUUUGUGAUUUCAGAGUUAUGCGAGAAGCUAUCUGUUACGGGCUCUACGCCCAACAGUGCACUGGUUCUCCUCAAGGCCCUAUAUCACAUUUACAGCGGUCUGGAUCUAUCUAGCAUUGAUCAUGCAAUAGGGCGUGGCGUGGAGCCCGUGGACUACUUUUGCGCCUGUAAUGCCCUGCUGCGUGCGAUUGCAGGCCUGACGUCUCCGCGCUGCAUGGCAUACCGGGGCAGCGAGGGAGGGGGGAGUGGCACGGGGGAAGGGGGCGAGUACCCCUACCAGGCGGAGAUUUUGAAUGUAACAUUCACAGCAUCUCCAAUGUGUUCGGACAGUGCGAGUUCAGUGUUAAGCGAUGGACAGACAAUUUCUCACUCUUAUUCCUAUUCAUACUCCGAAUCAGGACUCUCGGAGGCGUCGUCAGUGGAUGGAGAAACGGUUCGGCUCCCACACGAGGCGUCGAGUGAGGGGUCAAGCGGGAGCGCCCUAUCGUCCAAUAGCGAGGGUUCAGACUCCGAGAUGGAGCAGGUCCCCCGCAUUCGGCUGGCGGGCGAGCUGGACGGUGACGGCUAUCAUGAGGGCUCUGAGGUUGAGUCCCAGGGAGAGGAGUCCGAGGCCGUGGCUCCGUCCGAGGGCGGGUGGGACGCGGGUCUGCUGGGUCCGGCGAGGCUCAUGCACCCGAGCGAGGCGGCGGUGUGUGAGUUUCUGGCUUCCGGCGGGUUCGACUCCUGCGGCCAGACCGAGCAAAACAGGCUGCGCAUACAGACCGACACGCACGAGCUCAUAGUGAACUGGGACGGCAGCCCGGACUUUCUGAUUCCUCCAUCCAAUCCUGGGCUGCUGCAGCUCCGCCAGGCGUCCCCAGGGCCCGCCCUCGAGCGUCCCCGUCGGGACGUUAGUCCGACCCUGCCGGCGGGGGCGGCGGCAGAAGCCCCCGCGGAGGACCUUGGCCUGGCCGCCAUCGCCCGGUGCCUGGGCCUGGAGCUCGACCGCUUCCUCGAGUGCGCGGGGAUGUCCCCUCACGUGCUGGCCGAGUUACCCAGCCACAUCCGCCACGAGGUGAUCCUACAGCAGCUCGGCACGCUCAACCUCAGCGGGGUGGAUAGGGCGCAGAGUCUCCCCGCGUUGCCGGACGAGAUGCGCGCCGCGCUGACCGGGGGCGUUGGUGCCGCGUACCUGGACGCGCUCCCACUGGCCUACCGCAUUCAGAUAACCCGCCAGCUGUUUAGCGGCGGCUCUGGAGACGGAGUCUCUAUUUCAUCUAUAGAGAACAUAACAUUGGGCGUGAUACUAAACGGCAACGACUCGGAGGAGGGGAGCGGGCGCUGCCGGGGGACGGCCCUAUCCUUCUCCGAGGAGAGGGAUAACUCUGCCGUUGAGAUAUUUACGAAUUUGAUGGGUCGCGGCGAGGCCAUGGAGAAGAUUCGUCUGGAGAUGGAGUCUGCCAUAUCUGCGCCGGGGGAGGCUCCUCCGGCGGGGCUUUCCUUCCCACGGGAUGCCGAAUUUGUUUUUUUGGACCAUCCCCCGCACUUUGUGCAGACUAUCCAGUUUGUGUGUGCGUGUUUGCGACUUAGGCGCCAGGUCAACAAGAAAGUGGUGCACAAAAUCUUUUACAACCUGACUGUCAAUAGCCGCGAGACCAGGUCCUGCCUGCUUGGGCGGCUGCUGCAGCUUAUCCAUUCGGAGAUACGGGCUGAGGGGGCGAAUACCGGACAGGGGGGCGCGGUGUUUGCCUUCCGCCUACUGCAGCACCUAAGGAGCCUGCAGAUCGCCAUUCCCGCGGUUACUCUUUACCUGCUGGGAUCCGAUGAAUUGGCGGCCUCCGCCGAGGACGAUCCCGCCAGCGGCAAGCGCAGGCGGGAAGGGGAGGGGGUAAAGGAAAGAGAAGGGGGAAGGGUAAAUGAAUACUCCACGCCGCUCGAGGGCCUCUGCACGUGUAUAGCUUCACCCCUCUUCCACUCCAGCCUGCCGCACUCGGCGCAGAUCAUCUCACUCCUGCACUUUUGCCUUUUUGGAGAGUCUAGGCUCAGGGGCGGCAAGGUGCUAGAGGUGGGCCUUAUUGACCCUCCCCAGGCUAUCGACCGGGGGGAGGUAACCUCCACGCCCUCGGCCGGGUUAAAAAUAUUCAGAAUAUUUGCUGACCGCAAGUGGAGCUCCCUGUGGACAAUUACCCACUACGGUCCCAAUCAGCAAACCUACAAGUCCAUCGAAUCCCUCAGAAACGCCUCGCAGCAGCGCGCUCAAGUUGCAGCUAUCUGCUCCCUUGCCCUGCACGAUCGGGUCUCUGCCGAAGAUGCGGGCCAAAUGAUCAAAGCCGCGGCCUCCUCGGAUCUCUCCAACUUUGCCGAUGCUAACGUCAUUCACCGUCUCUUCCUGCUAUUUAUGGACGUCAGCUUGGUGGAUUCCACCGCGGGAAGGGUCCUGGAACCGUUCUUCUAUUGCCUUACCCAGCCCCUGUCUGCCUCAUUUGCCACGGCUGCCCUGCAGGCGGAGGACUCCCCGCAGGCACCGGGGUCCGUGGCCACCCUGCUAGCAAUCGCUUACUUUGGCAUUUCCUUCAGGCUGGUUGCCAGCGAAUACGGAUGUUCUGGAUUUCGCCAACUCGAUGACGUACUUUCUUCCACUGCACUCCACCUUUCGGAGAAGAGGCUUGAGGAUAGGGCUGAGGCGUCAAAAUCUGAGUAUAACCUCAAUUACUGGGUCCCGGGCUGCCAUGCCAGCGUGGUUGAAUUUUGCGAGGCCCAUAGGGGCGUUCUAAACGAGCUUAUUAGGGGCACCCCCUCCCUGUUGCACGGGGGGCUUGAGGCACUGGUUCGCUUGGCGCCCUUUACGCUGAGCUUUGAGAACAAGCGCCUCUACUUCCGUCAGAAACUAAAGGACGCUCGCGGAUCUGCAGGAAGUGACAACGGAAGUUUGCCUUUUACACUUUUUCCCGGCGCUGCCACGCCCAACGAUAAUUCCACUGAGGAGGGUGGUGAAUUUGCAGGGGAAAGUGGUGAAUUUGCAGGGGAAAGUGGUGAAUUUGCAGGGGAAAGUGGCGAAUUUGCCGGUGGGGACUUGCAUGACAUGUUCGGCCUUACCUUGUCCUCUAGACACGAACCUAUCCGCCUAAAUGUACGCAGGGAGCACGUUUUUAUGGACUCGUACCAUCAACUAAGAAACCGUACUGCUGAGGAGAUGAAGGGAAAACUAUCUGUGACUUUCAUAGGAGAAGAGGGAGUGGACGCUGGAGGGCUGACUAGGGAGUGGUUCUCCAUACUAGCCCGAGAAAUGUUUAACCCUAACUACGCCCUCUUCACGAGGGAGGGGAUUAAGUCUGAGUUCAACCAUCCCAACCCCUUGAGCGGGAUUAACCCCGAUCACCUUAACUUCUUUAGAUUUAUUGGCCGUGUUAUUGGGAAAGCUAUAUACGACUCCCACCACCUGGACGCGUAUUUUUGUCGCUCCUUUUACAAGCAUAUGCUCAGGCGGAAAAUAGUUAUGGCAGAUGCAGAAUCGGUGGACCCGGAGUUCUAUGGAAACCUAAAAAAGAUAACGUGCCAUCGGCUGGAGGAUUUGGGAUUAGAACUUUACUUUUCUGCGGAGAUAGAUGAGUUCGGAAAGGUCAAGGUGGUGGACUUAAUACCGAAUGGGAGGAACAUACUUGUAACGGAAGAAUCUAAAAUGGAGUAUGUCCGCCUCAUGUGCCAGCACAAGGUCUCUAGCGGCAUACAGGAGCAGUUGGAAGCAUUUCUAGAGGGGUUUUAUCAGCUCAUACCCCCUAAACUUAUCGGAAUUUUCGAUGACAAGGAGCUAGAGCUCUUAAUAUCUGGCGUACCCACCAUUGAUCUGGAGGACAUGAUUGCUAACGUUGAUUAUGUAAACUACUCUGAGACCAGCCCGCAAAUUAUUUGGCUUUGGGGCGUUCUUGCGGAUCUUGGUCAGGACAUGCUGGCUUCAUUCUUGCAGUUUGUUACGGGAACCAGCAGGGUUCCAAUAGGAGGGUUCCGUUUUCUCAUGGGCAUGCGUGGUCCGCAGCGGAUGUCAAUUCACCGAGUCCUGGAGGCGGACCGUCUGCCCACUGCCCACACGUGCUUUAAUCAGCUGGACCUGCCAUGCUACCCAGACAUUGACACGCUUAAGCUCAAACUACUCAUGGCUCUCACGCAAGGAAAGGAGGGAUUCAGCUUCGUCUAG